AACCCACAAGUUCUCCUACAUAUAACAGCAGGGCCUGCAAGUUAUGCUGCAACUACACAAAUUUCAUUUCCAAACCAAAUAUCUCAAAUGGAGGGGGAGUCUGAACUGCCUGAAUUCAACCCUCGGGAACGCGUCAAGCAGCAGAUUACAGUCCCGUUUCUCUGGGAGGUGAAACCUGGUGCGCCGAAAAGGGACUGGGUCAUUUCCAAGCCUGUGCCAUCGGUGUUUGCAUGUCCAUCCCCGACAAAGCUUGUUGCUAGUGUGCCAUUCGAGUGGGAAGAAAAGCCUGGGAAUCCUCUACAAGAAGCAUCUCCCUUUCAUGUGCUAUCUGAUCAUGCUGGCUUUUCAGCAUCUUCUCGCUCAUUGAACCCUUUUGUGGUCGAAAGCGAGGAGGAAUACUCGCUUGGUUUUGAUCUACAAGCAUUUGGUUUUCCAGACAAUAACGACACUUCUGGUGCAGCAGCAUGGAUUGGUGGCUCCAGCCGUCGUGACGGUUGGUACUCAUUUUCAGAUACAGAAGAUUACAGCAGCUCCAGUGGUGACACUUCAGCUCAAGAGUCUCAGUUUCCCCGAGCACCUUCAGAGAAAAGCUGGGAAGUGGCCAAUGAUGAGCAUCGGCUGACCAAGUUUCAGUUUCCCCGGGAACCUUCAGACAAAAGCUGGGAGGUAGCCAAUGACGAUGAUCAGCUGACCAAUUCUUGGAGCCCUCCGAGGAGCACAGUGACGACACUGGAGGAGCUUAUGAUGCUAAGCCGGAGAUUGAGGUGCGGACAAGGGUUGCAAGUUGAUGUCACGAAGAAGGGCCUCUCCUCAAUGGAGCUCAUCAAGAAGUUUUUAAUCGUGUGUUCUUAGCUGCACGGCUCCGGGGUUGCUGCACAUGGACAAACGGUAGAGUGCAUGUCAAACCAUAAUGGAGGAAGCUUGGCGAAGUGGCGUGUUCGCAAAUAGAAAGUCGAGCUGUCCGGUGACUGGUGUUGUACUGUUGCGUCGUGAAAGUUUGGACUUGUUUUUAUUUUUUUGCACAAAAAUUUGUAAGAAGUGUGAAUCUUCUUAUCUCUCUUUCCUGUCUUUUUAUCCUCUCUCUUUCCUGUCUUAUGGAGCAAGCAGGUAUUGAACGUGGAACUAGUGAGUUUUUUCACGAGCAGCUUAAAAAAGCAUAU